AUGCCAUGUCGUACUGUGCGACAUGCAGUGAAGAUUUCUAAUGAUGGAGAUCAAAUUUUUAUUGAUUAUGCACAAGGAAGACCUUAUAAGGAAUGCGAAAAUGUGACACAAUCAACAUGCUCCAUGGAAUUGACAAAAUCUGUUUCAUUUUACGGCAUCAAUGGAAGAGCUGAACUUCAGUGUAACAAACGUUGCAAGUUUUUCAUCAUAACGAGUCCGGGUUUUAAUAUAACACGCAUCAAAUUCUUCAACUUGAUCAUAUCGAAUUCACGUGAUAUAACUGAGAUUGACAAAGGAGCCAGGAUGGAACUUGUAUAUCAAAAUAUGUUGGUCAGGGAUAACAACUACGCUAUCUACGGCAAACAUUCGACUGACUGCUCCGUUCUGAUAACCAACUCAAGUUUUGAGAAUAACUUUAGCUCGGGAAUUUAUCUGGCAUGUUCUAAUCUCACUGCACAUAUAACCUCUAGUACCUUCGAACUUACUCCCGUGUACUUGACUAACAUUGCAAAUACGCCAACACGCUGGCAAAAAACGGAGAUUUUCGUUCGAAAUACGAUUUUUAAUGGUAAAAAUAUUCACAAAUGUGCCGCACUGCUCGCUUUUAAGCCAUUUGCAGCUAUAUUCAGUGUUUCAAUAACUGACUCAGAGUUCAAAAAUCAUUUUGCAGUUUGCAGGAGCAAACACGAUCUUCGAUAUCAGUAUUCCACACUAUGCAUAUACGACCAUCACUCACGGCCCCGUAACAUAACAUUUAUAUUUUUCAGAAAUCUACUAAUCGAAAAUAACUACGGUAACUUGCCUGCACUGUCCCUAAUUGCAGGUUAUCUGGAUUACACUGAAGUAGAAGUUUUGAUACGAGACAGCAUUUUCAGGAAUAAUUCGUUAGCACUUUGGGUUUCCACCAACUAUUUGGAUAGACAUCCUGACAGCAAGUCUCCCACAAUAAUUCAUGAGAAUAACACGUUCGUUAAUAACAAUAUUCAUAAUCUGCUAAAACUUAAUGGUGAAGCAGCAAUUUACUUCAGCCAUGGUAAAAGCCUCGUAUCGUCAUGUCGUUUCCUCGACAACGGGGCUGGUCAAAAUUCCUACACAAGCGUGGUGAAAAUUUCCGAAAUGGGGCAAGUUACUUUUUUGAAUUCCUAUUUUGAAAACCGGCAAACCCAAGUGCUGUCCAAUCAGCUUUUUGCGUCAGGAAAUAGACCGGUUAGCUUUACUGGCGAAAAUACGUUUAAUUUAGUCGCCUUAAAGGAGAGACAGACGGUUUUUGUUCGCAUACCAACCGCAAUGUAUUUAACGAACGGUGGGGUAAUUAUGAAGAAGAAUUUUAAGAUCUUAUGUCCGGCAGGAUACAAAUUAUACGCGCAACGACAAUGUACAGUUCUAAAGAAAGGAAUCGUAAAAUGUAGAUAUAUCAAUGUCCAAUGUGAACAGUGUCCAACGAAGACCUACACACUCGAAAGAGGAAAAUUCAUUUUCAAUAAAAGCAAUGACAUCCAAUGCCAGCAAUGUCCUCGAGGAGGGGACUGUGACAGUGGACUGGUCACGGCCAAAUCCAACUUUUGGGGUUACAAAACAAAAAUGAAAGUCCACUUUCUUCAAUGUCCUCCAGGAUACUGUUGCAACACCGAGGAUUGCAUCACCUAUGAUACUUGCCAUGGAAACAGAUCUGGUACACUUUGUGGUCAUUGCUCAGAAGGAAUGUCGGAGAGUUUGUUCUCCACACAAUGCAUAUCAAACGCAGAAUGCUCCUUAAAUUAUUUCUUUAUUCUUGGCACAAUUACACUGCUUGCUUUAUAUCUUGUCUUCUUUCUUUACCACAAAGAAAUUGUUAGCAUUCUUCGAACAAGUUUAUUUAGUAAACGCUUGUCGUUCUCAAUAAACAACAGAAGCGAGCAAGGAAACAAUGUUAGCACCUGUGGUAAUACCUCUUCACCCAGUGGGAUGAUUAAGAUAUUAUUCUAUUACUAUCAAGUUUGUAAUUUGCUAAGAAGCUCCGUGGGUUUUUCUAGAAAAGGGAAAUUCAUUCAUAAGUUUGAGAAUGUUAUUUCAAGGGUGAUGAAUAUGAUUCUAGUUAACCUUCCAUCUUUUAACUGUCCUUUUGCAAACCUUCGUGCUGUUCCUAAGGCGAUCAUUUUACAUUCUGUAGGACACUCUCUUCUUGCUCUUGUCUGUCUUCUUUAUUUGAUAAGCAAGUUGUUUCUGAUUCUCAGGAGAUCUAAAAGUGAUAGUAGUAGAGCAACAACGUUGCAAUAUAUUGCAACAAGAAGGUCCGAUCAAAACGAUAGAGCUACAAAAUCGGUGCUGCAACGAAUUACUUCGGCCUUCACUUACAUUUCUUUAUUGAUGUAUGCUUCCUCCACUCAACUCUGUCUUUCCCUUCUUCACUGUGUACCAGUUGGUGAUAACCAAGUCUUAUUUCUUGAUGGUAACAUCAAAUGUUACCAAACAUUUCAAUAUUUUCUUCUUGGUUACAUGAUUUCUUCUAUACUUCCAUUUUGUCUUGUUCCUGUCCUCGGUUCGUAUCUUUUAAAGUUUGGUCGAAUUGGUGUUAAGCAAUUUUGUGCGGCUUGUAUCUUUCCUUUGCCAUUUUGCUUGUAUUGGUUGUAUUUGUUGCUUAAGGACUGUCGUUGUGGUAAUCAAGAAACAUAUAACACAAUAGAACAAAAUGAUGUUGCAAUAAGAUCUGAACAAGGUAAUGACCAAACACAACGCCUUGGUAGUGAAGAAAUCGCCUUUACCUCCUCCACUGAUAGAAAUGAAAUCACCACGAGAAGUGAAUCCCCUGUUUGUACUGAUAGCAAUGAAGUCUCUUCUACGAGAAGUGAAUCAGCUGUUUGCACUGAUAGCAAUGAAGCCACUUCUACAAGAAGUGAAUCAGCUGUUCUCAAUGUUUUGUUGGGUCCAUUUAGAUCUCAUCAAACUUUUAUGUGCUUUCCUUCUUCACACAUUCCUUGGGAAGGUUUUCUUAUCUUUCGUAGAUUGGUAUUGAUUAUUGUAUUGACUUUCGUCUACGACAUUCAGCUCAGACUUUUUCUAGCUUUAUUCCUAUGUGUUGCCAUUCUAAUCUUCCACACCAUUGUGUAUCCUUUUCAGAGAAAAAGUGACAAUGUACUGGAAUCUUUUUCUCUCGGUACACACGUGGUCCUGUGUGGUUCGACUUUGAUAAAAGCUCUUUAUUAUGGUGAAGAUUAUUCUUCUUUUUCAAACCGUUUGCCUGUGUUGCAUGUGAUUGAAAAUAUUCUUAUAGUCGCUCCAUUGUCUGUCAUCAUGAUCGUUGUUGUUGUUUCUAUCGCUAUAAAAUUGGUAUUUGGUUUAAAACUCUGCGUAUCAGUUGUAAUUCGAAAA